UUCUGUUAACUCCCGCGUCCGCCCCGAUGUCUGCGCCGUGAAUAGCAAACGCACAAGCUUCGCCUCAUCAUCCUCCUCUUCUGUCGUCGACCGUACGCCCUCUUCCCCCCCUCUCCCCAGUAGAAAGUUCAUUGACAAACAACAAUAACAACAACCGUCGCUACGCUGCGAGUUUCUCCCGUUCCCAACGUUAUAGAAGAAGCAACUCUCGCCGUCCGUCAUCUGUGAAGCCAUCCCCGUCGUUUUAACAGAGAGAGGGGGGGCCCUCCUCUCUCCCCCUCGUGGCCGGCCGGCCACACACACACACGGAGAGAGAGAGAGAAAGAGAGAGCACCGACCAUGGCGUUGAAGAUCGUGAAGGGCAGCCUGGACAGGAUGUUCGACAAGAGUCUGCAAGAUCUCGUGCGAGGCAUUCGGAACCACAAAGACGACGAGCCCAAGUACAUAGCAAUAUGCAUCGAGGAGAUCAAGCAGGAGCUGAGGCAGGAAAACAUUGCCGUCAAGGCCAACGCAGUCGCCAAGCUCAGCUACCUUCAGAUGCAGGGCUACGACAUCAGCUGGGCAGCCUUCAACGUCAUCGAGGUCAUGAGUUCAGCGAAAUUCACGCACAAGCGCAUUGGAUACAUGGCGGCAUCGCAGUCGUUCCACGAGGGCACCGACGUCCUGAUGCUCACAACCAACAUGAUCCGCAAGGACCUGAGUAGUCAAAAUCAGUACGACGCCGGCCUGGCGCUCACGGGCAUGGCGUGCUUCAUGACCCACGACCUCGCCCGCGACCUCGCCAACGACAUCAUGACCCUGAUGUCGUCGACGCGCCCGUACAUCCGCAAGAAGGCGGUGCUCAUCAUGUACAAGGUGUUCCUCAAGUACCCCGAGUCGCUCCGCCCGGCAUUCCCUCGUCUCAAGGAGAAACUGGAGGACCCAGACCCAGGCGUGCAGUCGGCGGCGAUGAACGUGAUCUGUGAGCUGGCGCGGAGGAACCCAAAGAAUUACCUCUCGCUGGCGCCGCUGUUCUUCAAGCUCAUGACCUCGUCCACCAACAACUGGGUCCUCAUUAAGAUUAUCAAACUGUUUGCGUCGCUCACUCCCCUGGAGCCGCGGCUGGGAAAGAAACUCAUCGAGCCUCUCACCAACCUCAUUCACAGCACGUCGGCAAUGUCGCUGCUGUACGAGUGCGUCAACACCGUCAUCGCAGUUCUCGUUUCCUUAUCUUCAGGGAUCCCGGACCACAAUGCUAGCAUCCAGUGCGGUACAUCCAGAUGCAAGCUCUGUGUGCAGAAACUACGAAUUCUCAUCGAAGACUCCGACCAGAACUUGAAGUACUUGGGGCUGCUCGCCAUGUCCAGGAUCCUAAUCUCGCACCCCAAGGCCGUGCAACCGCACAAGGACCUCAUCCUGCAGUGCCUGGACGGCAAGGACGAGUCGAUCCGCCUACGUGCCCUGGACCUGCUCUACGGCAUGGUCUCCAAGAAGAACCUGAUGGAGAUCGUGAAGAAGCUGAUGUCUCACGUGGACAAGGCGGAGGGCACGACCUACCGCGACGAGCUGCUCACCAAGAUCAUCGACAUCUGCAGCCAGUCCAACUAUCAGCACGUCACCAACUUUGAGUGGUACGUGAGCGUGCUGGUGGAGCUGACUCGGCUGAAGGGCACGCGGCACGGGCCGCGCGUCGCCUCGCAGCUGCAGGACGUGGCGGUGCGCGUGCGUGCCGUGCGCCCCUUCGCCGUGCGGCAGAUGGCGCUGCUGCUGGACGAGGGUCCCCAGCGAGGGCUCGCCGACGUCCUCUCGGCCGCCGCCUGGAUCUGCGGGGAGUUUGCAGAGCACCUGGAGGAGCCGCGCGUGACCCUUGAGGCCCUCCUGCGCCCGCGCGUGUGCACGCUGCCCGGCCACGUCCAGGCCGUGUACGUGCACAAUUCCGCCAAGCUCUUCGCCUGGCUGCUGGGGUCGCUGUCGGGUCGCGACCCCGACCCCAACGACGACGCCAGCAGCGGCCUCGCCGACCUCGUCAGCCUCAUGGCCGACCGCCUGCCACCGUUUGUGAACAACGGCGACCUGGAGGUGCAGGAGAGGGCGUCGGGCGUGCUGCAGCUGGUGCGCUACGUGCAGAAGCUGCACGAGAAGGAAGUGGCCGUGGUGGCGGAGGUAGCUACCCUCUUCUCCGGGGAACUCAAUCCCGUGGCGCCCAAGGCCCAGAAGAAAGUCCCCAUCCCGGACGGGCUGGACCUGGACAGCUGGAUUAAUGAGCCCUCGUCGGGAAGCGAGGAGGACGAGGAGGACAGGGUGGACGGGGAGAACGAGGGCAAGCGGAGACGAGCAAUCUUGGAGGAUCACAACGAGCUGAGUCAACCACGGCAGCCGGAGCCCAGCAAGGACGAGAUGAACAAGAUGCGGGAGCAGCGCAAGCGGGAUCAGGAGAGCAAUCCCUACUACAUCAAGAGCUCUCCCUCCCACCAAAAGAACUCCUCGCCAGGAGUGAAUCACAUCCCCGUCGUGGAGAUUGACCUCGCCGUGCCGCUCAAAAUGCCAGGGUUGCACGCGUCGUCGGAGCAGCUGGCGCGGCAGGAGGAGGAGCGGCGACGGAAGCAGCGCACCGCGGCGGGCGGGGGGGAGCCGCGUCGCAAGGGCGACAAGGACGGGCGGCGGCGAAGGCGGCGGCACCACACGGCCGAGAGCGAGGAGGACAUCGCGCCGGCGCAGACGGUCGACAUCGUCACCGAGGAGAUGCCCGAGGACGCCCUCCCCAGUGACGAUGAAGAUAAGAGGUUCGACCCCAAAGACCCCUACAGAGCUCUGGACAUGGAUUUGGACAAGCCGCUGACCGACGGCGACAAGCUGCCGGUGAAGACUCACCGCAUCGUCUCGCCGGACAGCGAGAGCCCCGUGCAGCCGGGCAAGAUGGGCAGCAAAGACAAGGGCAAGGACAAGGAGAAGAGGAAGAGCAAGGAGAAGGACAAGGGCAAAGACAAGGACAAGGACAGGAAGAAGAGCAAAAAGGACAAGAAGGAGCGGAAGAGGCACGGCUCGCACGGGGACAAGAAGGCAGUGGCCGUGUCGCAUGACCCGGAGCCCAGGGGGGCGGCCGGCGAGGGAGAGGGCGGCACAAGCACGCCCGCCAAUGCAGACCUGAACGAUUUGGAUUUCUGGCUGUCGGACGCAGUGUCUCCCUCCAAAGCCAAGUACGAGUUUAUAGAGAGCACGGCGCCUUCAGCAGGACACGAGCCGGAAGUCGCGGACAACAGCAAGAAGAGGCACGAGGAGGACGAAGAGGAGGUCACGACCCCUGGGGAGAGCCGGGAGAGUUUGCAAGAGGUGGAGGAACCACCCCAGAAAAGCCGAAAGGGCCGCAAGGAGGAGGGUUCGUCAUCGCAGAAGAGCCGGAAGAGCUCCGAAAGUCACGAGGAAGAGGGGGACACGUCCCGGAAAAGCCGGAAGAGCAGGGACGGGAACAGUAAGUCAUCCCGGAAGAGCAGGGAAGAAGACGGAAACUCAUCUCGGAAGAGCCGGAAGAGCCGGGAAGAGGAUGGCGAGUCGUCCCGUAAGAGCCGGAAGAGCCGCGAAGAAGAUGGCGAGUCGUCCCGUAAGAGCCGGAAGAGCCGGGAAGAAGAUGGCGAGUCGUCCCGUAAGAGCCGGAAGAGCCGGGAAGAGGAUGGCGAGUCGUCCCGUAAGAGCCCGAAGAGCCGAGAAGAGAAGGCCUCGUCGCCUGGAAAGGCCGCCCCCCUGCAGAACGGGGAUGAGCUGCCCGUCUCGCUGCCUCCGAUGUCCAGAUACAAGCUUCUGGCCGAGAACUCCCACCUCAAGUUGACGUACGACGUCCAGGGCGACGUGAGCAGCGGCGGCAGCAAGGUGGUCGUGUCGCUCAUCGUGGCCAACAAGGGCGAGGCCCAGCUCAAGUCCAUGGAGCUCAACGUCCUCGACUCGCUCAACAUGAGGCUGCUGAGGCCGCCCGGCGCCACGGCACACGAUGGGAUCGCGGUCCCCUUCCAACUGCCCGCCGGCGUCUCGAACGAGAUGCACGUCGCAUUUAACGUCCAGUCCAUCGUGAUGCCGCAGAAGCUCAAGGGCUCUCUCGCGUUCAUGGUCAAGACGGAGGAUGGCUCCUCGCACGAGAAGCUGGACUUCACGCUACAAUUCACCUGCUCGUCGUACCUUCUCACCACCUCCUGCCACAGCGAGGCGUUUGCGGAGCUGUUGGGCGGCGGAGAGCUCAGGUCGGCGACGCUGCGCACGAGCGGCGUCACGCAGCCUUUCGCCGUGCUGCUUGCCCGCGUCUGCCUCCUGCACCGAUUCUCCGUGGUGGAGCGCUUGGGAAAUUGCGCGUCGCUCUACAGCCGCUCCAUCCAGGAUCACCCCGUGUGUCUGCUGCUCAAGCUUGCGGAGGGCUCCAUGGUGUCGGUGGACGGGAAGAGCAGCGACCACGCGUUGCUGUCGAACGUCCUGGAUGAGCUCAAGCUCACGCUCGGCGGCUCGUGACGGCGCGUGCCGAGCCCGGGGUCCUCCGAAGCCGCGACCCCUUCCUCCUCCUCGCCAAUUUAAUUAAUCUUUCAACUACCCACUCGCUCGCUCGCUCACUCACUCGCCCACUCGCCCACCCGUCAACUCAACCACCCAUCUGCCCACUC